UCCAUUGUACUUUGAACUAUCGAUCUCCCCACAGAGAUGUCGUAUCGAAAAUGUAUACUGGCUAGAUGUGAAGAAAAAUAUUAGCAUUAUUUAUUAUUUUAUCAAAGGUGCACAACAGUGUGAUGAGACAUGGACAACAUGACGGGUAUAGUACGAGCGAUGUGCCGAGGCUUUAUGGACAGUUUGAAAGGUGCCCUGGUUCUUUUUUACAUGGACAAACAGAUCAAUGAGAGAGCACUGAAAAAUCCUCCAUUAAGGAGAGAUUCUGGACUCCAAAAAAGAGAAUCGAGCACCACUAGCCCGAGCAAGCAGCCAAAACACCCACAGGAAUCAAAGGUUCUCAAAAGGACAAUACAAUGUUGCGCACUUAAUGGAGGAGUCUUUUGGGCCAGUAUUUUCAUUUUUGAGUGUGGAGUGCUACCGUCCCUCAAAUAUCUACUAACUAUUGUGUUCGGUGAUUCCUCUGGAAUGGGCGUCAUGAUUUGGUCUUGGAUGAAGCCUUUUCUAUCCUUAACAUUUGGCACUAUAUGGGUGCUACCACUUUUUUUGCUUAGUAGGAUAGUAAAUAGCUUAUGGUUUCAGGAUAUAGCUGACAGCGCGUACAGAUACAGGCAGGGCAGGCCCCACUUGUUAUCAAGCGUAAGUAAGCUUGUGGCGGACAUGCUCUUCAGCGUUUUGGUUCAAGCGCUUUUCCUGGGGCAAGGAAUGCUGGUAUCGCGAGUGCCUCUUCCGCCUGUAGGCGACCUUCUAGCUCUUGUGCAUAUGUGCCUCCUCUACGCCUUGUAUGCCUUUGAGUACAAGUGGUUUAACAUGGGCUGGGAACUGCACAGGCGACUGACCUUCAUUGAAGGAAAUUGGCCUUAUUUUAUUGGAUUUGGACUUCCACUAGCCGUUUUGACACAGCUUCCAAACUCAUAUGUUAUAAGUGGGUGCGUUUUCUCCAUUUUAUUUCCACUGUUCAUAAUCAGUGGAAAUGAAGCAGAUCCAGUGACUGGAGUCUGUGAUUAUCCGCUAAAGCUCUUUUCUCCAGUCAUUGCCAUUGCGAAUACUCUAUUUAAUAAAACCAUCCGGCCUGCCACCAGACGGUGACAAUCGCGCAAUGCUCCAGAUGCUGUCAUAUCAAGUGUGCACAAGUGAAAUAUGGAAGCAACAACAUCAUAAUAAGCUUAUUGCUAUUUACUGUACUGUCACAUUGAACAAAAGCUGUCUAUUAGAUGAGCACUAAUUAUCGCUGUACGAGAUCAACCAGCAAUUAUGAAUGUUAAAUCUCAAUUUUAAUCGGGUUUUAGAAUAAUUCGGCUUCAGUUUAACGUCUACAUUUAUAAGAAGUUCAAAUUGGAUCAAU